AUGGCAUAUUCAAGAUUUGUUUUCUUUGCUUUCAUUGCUCUUUCCGUUUUGCUUGCAGGUGUUGAAUCCACAAAAAUGGCGAGUGACGAUUCAGUUUGGUCUUCCAACAAAGGAGGUUCAUUGUGUUGCAACGAUCACCCAAAGUUUGGAGUAUGUACUAAAGAUAGCAGGUGCAACAGUUGGUGCCUUAAAGGCUGUGACAACGGGAAAGGUGGCUUUUGCAAGGAAAAACUUUGUCAUUGCGACUGCUAA